AAAAAUUGAUAAGAUAUGAAACACCCUAUUGCACAUUUGCCGCAAGACAAAAUGGCAGGAGCAAUAACUAUAAAAGCCUGUCGUUACCUUAAACAAAUCCAAAUUCCAUUGCGGUAUUCUUUUUUACAAACAAUACCAUGCUCAAGGAAACUAUCGAAUAGUUCACUUCUAUAUCAGCGCUAUUUUACAAAAGAUCAUGAGUGGAUUGAUGUAGAAGGAAGUGUUGGUAAAGUUGGAAUUACAGAUUAUGCACAAGAAAAACUUGGAGAGUUAGUUUAUGUUGAGCUCCCUGAAUCUGGAACUCAAGUUAAAGCUCAAGAUUCUGUUGGGACUGUCGAAAGUGUGAAAGCAGCAUCAGACAUUUUUUCACCAGUCAGUGGUACUGUAAAAGAAUCAAAUGAAGAACUUGUAAAUACCCCUGACUUAGUAAACAAAUCACCAGAAGAAAAAGGAUGGAUAUAUACAAUCGAGUUAAGUAACAAAAAUGAGUUAAACGAACUUUUAUCAAAGGAUGGAUAUAGUGAAUUCUUGAAAGGCGAAGAUUCCUAAAUAGCAAACCUUUUUUUUUAAAGUAUUCCAAUAUGUAAUUUUUAUUGUUUAUUAGAUGAUUUGCUAUUUUGAAAUCAUGUAUUUUUUAAACUUUUUUUGUAUAGCCUCAUUAACAAUUAUAUAAAUGUAAAUUGUUGAAA